GUUGGGUUUAAGAGCAGUGUACUGAAACUUUACGUUUAUAUUCAGUAGCUACUUCCUUAAUGGAAUUCAAAUUGUGUUAGUUUUCUUGUUUAGUUUGUUUAUAGAAGCGGGCAUGUGGUUAUAAUAUGGAGUUGUUUAUAUAUCUUGGAAUUCUUCUUUGCGAUCAAGUUCUCAGCAUAACUUUGUCCGGGAACGGUACAACCGGAGGUUUCACAGUUCAAGAGAACUCAACCCUGCAACUGACGUGUUCUACGUUUACCGAUGUUCAGUAUGUAACGUAUUAUAGAAGAAAUACGAAUUCCAUUCCUGAAACAGUAACAGCAGUAGGGUACGGAACACAAGGCUGUGGCACGGACCCAAUACCGCCGUCCUACCUUAUCUGCUCCUGUGUCAGUAGGAGGGAGUACGCUUGUGUCAUCGGAACCGUCACCAGAGCCAUGAACGGAGACGUUUGGUUUUGUGUACGUCCUGAAGGAGAUAUAAAUGACGACAGUGGGGAUUUAACAAUCGUCGUUACAAUCGGUAUAACCGCGGUGUCUAUGGUAUUUCCGGCGGGUAGCUCCGUGACCAUCAUCGAAAACACCACCAUACAGUUCCGGUGUAAGACGUCUGCCGGAAAUCCCCAGGCCACCGUGGAGUGGUACAAGGAUAACGAUACACCAGACAGGGCGGAUGACACGAAAAUUGUUACCGGAAUAGAGACAAGCACUAACGCAAGUGAUUCCCUGAUUGUGACUAUCGGUAAACUGAGAUUGACUGUGAAGAGAAACGAUCAGGGCGUGUACUGCAGGGCAAACAACGGCGGGGUUUGGCUAUACUCCUCCAGCGUUGUCUUAAAUGUUCAGUAUGAACCGUCCACUCUGAAAGUAUCCUACAAGAGUGCCGAGGUAAUCUCCCCUGUACGGGUAAUAUCCGGGCGUUCCAUGACGCUCACAUGCAGCAGCACGGGAAACCCUAGCCCCACUUACACCUGGACAUACCCUGGUGGAGGCCCACAUAGUGGCCCCACGCUCACACUGGCCAGUGUGCAGACAACACACACCGGAGGUGUAACGUGUACAGCAAAGAACACGUUGUUACCUUCUGGAGGGACAGCUAUUGAUAAGACACAACAAACAAACAUCACUCUUCAAGUUCUAUAUCCUCCAAGUAAACCAUCAUGCACCAUCAGUAGAACUUCUAUCUCGUCAACUGCUGUACUAGUCGAGGGCGCAGACAGCACUAUCAGCUGCAUAAGUUUCGCCAAUCCGCCCCUGAUUACGUACACCUGGUCAACUCCUGGACGUGGACAAGUUUCCGGAGCCAAUUUGACCCUGACCAAUGCCCAGCACACCGCCGACCAAGGCCAGUAUACCCUGACAGUCACAAACACAAUGGAUCCCACUGGAGGAAGCAUGGAGCCGGGAACUACCAACACAUCAUUUUCGGUGAAUAUACAAUAUGAACCGUCCACUCUGAAAGUAUCCUACAAGAGUGCCGAGGUAAUCUCCCCUGUACGGGUAAUAUCCGGGCGUUCCAUGACGCUCACAUGCAGCAGCACGGGAAACCCGAGCCCCACUUACACCUGGACAUACCCUGGUGGAGGCCCACAUAGCGGAUCCACGCUCACACUGGCGAGCGUGCUGCAAACACACGCCGGAGGUGUAACGUGUACAUCAAGGAACAAGUUGUCACCUACAGGAGGGACAGCUGUUGAUAAGACACGAGAAACAACCAUCACUCUUCAAGUUCUAUAUCCUCCAAGUAAACCAUUGUGUACCAUACGUGCAACUCCUGUCUCAAAAGAUGCUGUUUUUCUGGAGGGAACAAAUGGCACCAUAAGCUGCACUAGUUCCGCCAACCCGCCCUUAAUCACAUACAACUGGUCAACUCCGAGCCGUGGACAAGUGUCCGGAGCCAAUUUAUCCCUGAUCGAUGUCCAGCACUCAACUGACCAAGGCCAGUAUACACUUACAGUCACAAACACAAUGGAUCCCACUAAAGAAAACAAUGAAACGGGUACCAAUGGAACUGUGUUCACGAUGGAUGUACAAUUUGGACCUCAAGUGAGACUGCCUGAGAAGUAUGACAUAUCGGAGGGCAGUGCCUUAAACUACUCAUGUUUGUCCAUCCCUGGGAACCCUUCUCAGACAACCGUUGUCUGGACGAGGUUAUUUGACAACAGGCAAUGGCACAGCAGAAUUGUCAAUAUCAGCCAAGUGCAAAAAUCUGACGACGGCCUGUAUACUUGUACCACUACGAACAAAAUGACUCCUACUGGACUUCCCGUCCAGAAUGGAAGUCAUAACGGAACGAUGCAUCUUAAUGUUCAGUAUGAAUCUAUCGUAAGUGACUUUAACGUUACUGAGCACAUAGGAACAUUAAACGUUACAAAAGCAGAAAACAGCAAUGUGACGUUUACCUGCAAGGUGGAUAGCAAUCCUCAAGCAUCCAUCAAUAUUCGAAAGGACGGUGAAAUAAAGAAAUCCAUCGAUACUUCAACACAGCUGGAAUACACCAUUUCAAACCUUACAUGCUAUGAUGCCGGGCUUUACACUUGUUAUGGCAGCAAUAAAUUUAAUAACGACACCCCUUCGAAAAAAGAUUUGAGGGUGCUUGUUACAUGCACACCAAGGCGUCCGUCUGGUGAGGACAUUAAAGUGAAUAUUACAGCCCGACAACAUGACAAUGCAACACUGCAGUACACUGUGUUUGCAUAUCCAAUCCCUAACCCGUCACAGUUUGUCUGGAAAAAGUGUCCAAUCAGUAAAAACUGUUCAAACAUAUCAACUCUCUCUGGAAAAACUGAAGUUACAACUAUUGGAUUGUCGAGUAAUUUGACCAUUUUUGAUAUUGAUGAAGAUGAUUACGGCAUGUACAUUAUUUCAAUUGACAAUGAUAUUGGUGAGGAACUUGUCGAAGAGAUGUAUCUCCAACCAGCUGGACCACCAGAAUUACCAACGGAAUUCCAUGUAAUUGAGGAGUCUAUCGGUGAAACACAUGCAACACUGACAUGGAUACCUGGAUUUAACAACGGUUUUCGUCAAACCUUUCAUUUAUCUUUUCGAACUGUUGACGAACUCGCAAACGGGUUAAAUGAUAUUGUGUCUGAUAAAGAACUUUCGGAAAAUAUCAAUUAUACGAUGAAACAAUUAAGGCCUGGAGAGAGGUAUGAUGUCUACCUUUUUGCUUCUAAUGCCAUAGGAAAUUCCACAAGAGUCAAUGCAACAUUCACAACUUUGGUGCACCUUAAUACUGAUCCAGGAGGUCCAUCAGCUGCUUUAAUAGGAGGAUCAGUCGGAGGUGGCAUUUUUGCAUUGUUGAUUAUUGGGGGCGUUAUAUUUGGCAUUAUGAAAUUCAGAAAGUUCGGAAAUAAAAAAGACGAAGAAAUGUUGACAAACAAAAAACGGAAAGAUGAACUUAAACAUCACGUCGACGAGGAUGAUGAACUUCCGGAUGUUGUUGAAAAUUCAAUGUAUGUCCCUGCCGGAAACAUAACUCGACAGAUCAAUAAUUUAGACGCAGAUGCCGUGUAUGCACAACCAAAUAAAAAUAAGGCGUCUUCGUCAGAAGAUGCGUCGUUAUACGCAGAGGUCAAUAAAUUAGCCAAAAAGAAGGCUGCUGAGAAGAAGCGUAAGAAGACAACAUAUGAAAACAAAGCAUUUGAUUUAACGUACGGAAAUCAUGAGACGCCAGAGAAGAAGAAAAAUGUGAACAAGGAUGGACUUGUCUACGCAGACUUAGAUUUUCCUAAGGCACCCAAAGGACAAAAGCCUUACAUACACGGCCUCGAUGACAUGACUGUGUAUGCAGAAGUUGAUUUAUCACAAAAGGCUGACCGUUUGCCAGACAGUGACGACGACGCAUCGGACGGAAAGAAUAUUGGCAUGCCAGUGAAUAAAUAAUACAUGAAUGAUAACUGAGAUUUAAAUUAUGUCUAAUAAACAACCUUUAUUUUAUAAUGACAUAUACAGAUAGUGCAUGCAUUUGUUUGCAUGAAUACAAGGGCGGACACUCUGUUUGCCAAAUCUAAUCAGAAAAAAACAUAUUUCGGUUGAAACAGUUUAUAUGAAACGAGAUAAUUAAGUAAAUUGGAAUUGAGGUUUGUAUCGACUCUAUUGUGAUAGGGUGAUUGUUCGUCGUAGUCCAUCGUCCGUCCGUCCGUCGUCAACAUUUUCUUUCAAACAACUUCUCCUCCUAAACAACGGAGACAAUUUCAGAUUCCUUUAAAUAAAAGUUGUUUCAUGCAUAACUCUGGUUGCCAAGGAAGCCGACAGGAAAAACCUUUAAAUAUUUUCUUCUUAGAAACUGCAGGCCCAAUAUCAACAUAAUUUCACGAAAAUGCUCCUUAUAUCGCUUUGUAUCAUAUUUCGCCACCAAUGUUGAUUAGUAAAAAACAACAAGGCCGCCAGAGGGCGGGGCUUCGUUUCACUAUAUAUAUCUAUAUGGAAAACUUGCCCGAUUUUAAAAUAAUUUCACUGGAAUGUUUCUUAGGUGACCCUAUAUGAAUUUUCUUUAUCUCAUUUUGAUUCGUAAUAAUACCUGGCCACCAGGGAUCGGGGCUACUUUUCACUAUAUGUAUGUUCGAAAAUUUCGUAAUCAGAAUCCGCUGGCCUGAUUUUAAAAUAAUUUCACAAAACUGUUCAUUAUGUGACCCGCUAUCAAAUGUUUUUAGCCUAUAUUGAUUGGUAAAAGACAUGGCCACCAGAGGCGUAACCUUUUCAUACUUAUUCUGUUUGGAAAACUUUAAACUCUUCUUUACAGUAACUAUUGGCCCAAUUUCAAAAUAAUUUCACAUAAAUGUUCCUAGGUUAAGUGUCCAUAUUGAAAAUCUUUUCUUCAGAAAAAUGACCCAAUUUCAAUAUAAUUUCACAGAAAUGUUCCUUAAGUGAGCAUAUAUCGAAUUUCGUCACCCAAUUGAGAUUCAUAAAAAUGGCCACCAGGGGCGGGGCUAGUUUUCACUUUACAUCUACAUGAAAAUCACCUAAACACGUUUAUCAAAAUUAUGAAAUAGUUGUUAUGAAUUUAUUUCUUUUGGUUUGUAAUAUAGUCAGAUGUUUUUAAAAAUAUAUAUUUUUACUUAAUAUUAACAUAUCUUUGCAAUAAAAUGACGCUUUCAACAAGUAAGUAGAUCAUGGUUAUAUCAAAGUUUCAUUUCUAUGUUUUGGAGUCUUCAAAUAGUUUGAACCCUUGUUUAACAUCAUAAAAUAUAGAUCAGUUGGACUUGAAUUACACACUACAAAACAAUGGCGUGAGUUAGGCUCCCUUUCAAAUUGCAAUUUGAGAACAUACGAUUUCUAUCCAACAAUAACUCAUGUAAGUGCCGACGCAUUCAAAUAGCUUUUUAAAACAUACUUUACAGGUCAACUUUGACAUGGUUGUAAACCACUAAUGUUAUACGGUGGUAUGCUCCCUUUUCAACUUGGAAUAAAAAACAACAACAUAAACAUACCUAAUGACAUUAAAAUAGAUCUAAAUGAUGUUUGCUACACGGAUAUAAAAUAAAACAAAAACAAGUUGUGUUCGACUUUGGUUACAAUCCGCCAAUGUUUGACGGUGUUAAUGCCUUUUUUCAAAGAAACCGUAAACCAUUUCUAUGUCCAGGUGGCCUAUUGGGAUACUUGUCUCUCCUGUGACAGCUCUACUUGAACGUGUUUCUAGAUGAACCUUUACUUAACUGGGUACGAGUACUUAAAUAUUUCAUUUAAACUGAAUUCUUGAGAGAUAUAUGGUAUCCAUGAUAUGUUGCUAAAUAUUCUAUGUUUCAGUUGUCAUAAAUCAUUUUGUUUCAUAACCGGUUGCUUUUUGAUAACAUGAUGUUCAUUUAUUUGUUUUAAGGAAACUUUCUAAAAACUAGUAACAUGUUGUCUGAUGUAUUGUUGUGCUUAUAUGUGUAAAUAAAACAUAUAUAAAACUGUU